AUGGCGAAAGAAACGACAGCCCGCUCGAUUCUCGGUUACCAGACCCUACCAACGACGGCGCUCAUAGCGCUCAUCUAUGUGGUCGCAUUCUUCUCGGUUCUCGUCUCAGACCAACUACCCUCGAUUCCCCACCCAGGAAGCAAGAAACUGAAGGGAUUUGACCUAGAUCUAGCUAGAAGGGACCUGGAGCAUAUUGCUGCUCGACCACACCCAUACAAUUCCCAUGCGAAUGAUGCUGUUCGCGAAUACCUUUUGAACCGGUUGGACGACAUCGCCUGGGGGAAAGACCACGUCCACCUCGACAACGACCUCAGGAGCAACGGAUCUUGGGCGUCACCCAAGUACGGCGUUUACUUCGAAGGAACCAACCUUCUCGUCAAAAUCGACGGUACCGACGACGACCCUCAUACCCAGAUACCCAGGGGCGUUGCAGAUGGCGUGUUGUUCUCAGCACACUACGACUCGGUGUCUACCGCAGCUGGGGCCACCGAUGACGGCAUGGGAGUGGUCACUCUGCUGCAAUUGAUCCAGUACUUUGCAGAGAACCGACAACGCAAGACUGCUAUCUUCAAUAUCAACAAUGGCGAGGAGGACUGGCUGAACGGAGCUCAUGCGUUCCUCCAACACCCAUGGGCAAACCUGACGUCGACCUUCUUGAACCUUGAGGGAGCAGCAUCCGGCGGACGACCUAUUCUAUUCCGAUCCACCUCGUUGAAGCCGGUCAAGGCCUACGACGAUGUACCACACAAACUGCGUGUUCGCCACCCCCACGCGAACGUAAUCUUCUCAGAUGCUUUUGCACGAGGCUUCGUUCGGUCUGGCACGGACUAUUCAGUCUAUACAGGUAUAGAUAGGCAUGGUCCAGCUGCGGAAGGGGGACUACUGAGGGAAGGACUUGAUAUCGCAUUCUACAAGGGCAGGAGUCGCUAUCAUACCCGCUGGGAUGCACCCGCAUACACAGAGGGAGGCGAGAGAAGUCUUUGGUCUAUGAUUGACGUUGCCAGAGGUGUUGGCGUUGGGUUGUUGAAUCCAGAAGACUCUGCGAAACAGAAAAGCAAGCCUGGAGUUUAUUUCGACCGCCCGGUCGUUCUGGCACUCCUUUGGGCUAUUGGAGCGGUGCUGAAGCAUAACGCUGGAUCUCCACCACCCCCACCAAAACCCACUGUUCCGCAUUCUGCGAACAACGCAAGUGCUGGCACCGGUCGUCCCGGAGCAUCUACCCGUCAACCCACCCGCUCAUUUGGAUCGAACGAAGACGCCAACUCUGAGCGCGGCAUUCUGGCCCGAAUCAAGAGCGUCUCCGUUAAGAACGUGCUGAUUACAGUGUGGAAGCAAGCAAGCUUCUGGAUCGCCUUGAUCGUCACUGUCGGUCUCCAGGCUCUCUUGGCUUGGGGAUAUGUUGCAAUCAACCCUUUUACCAUCUAUUCUCGGCCUUAUUUCGUCCUGCUCUCUUUCUUCGCGCUCAGCUUCUUUUCCAUGACACUUGUCCUCCAAGCGGCAUUCCCAUCUUCGCCUGUCAAGCAUGCCAUUGAAGUCCGCGAACAGGAGAAGACCACCAUUCUGCUCCAUCUGCACCUACUCUCGUGGAUCGCCCUCCUUCUGUCGACCAUCCUCAUCGGCAAAUCCCAAGUCGGGUCUUUCUACGUCGUUACUGUCUGGUACCUUGGCAUUUGGGCAGCGACUGUCAUUGGGACUUUGCAACCUAUCCUCGUGUCUAAGCGAGCGGAUGACAAGGGGAAGAGGCGUGCUCGACGCUCCAGGUCUGCUUCGACCAGUAGCAGCAGCAGUAGCAGUAGCAGCAGCAGUAGCGGAAGUGACACGGAGACGGAACGACCCUCUACCCAACCCGCAAGCGAGCGAACACCGUUGUUGUUUGGAAGAGCGAAUGGUGCUUCGAACCGCCGCAAGACCAAUUCUAAGUCGAAGGAGGACGGAGCCAUUGGGUGGUGGAUCGCUCAGGUUCUCUUGACCGUGCCGCCGGUAGUGAUGUUGGUUGGUCAAAUCACAAGCAUUGUUUUGGAAGCGAUGAAUCAAACUUUAACUGACGGCAACAGUGCCUGGAGUAUCUAUCUCCUGACGGCCCUUCUCGCUACCAUGCUCGUUCUCCCCGUUGCUCCCUUCAGCCCCAAAUUGCACCGUGGUCUCAUCUUCCUCUCUGCGGCGGUCUUUGUUGGUUUCACAAUCUACCUCUGGGUAGUCUUCCCCUUCACCCGACAAGACCCCUUCAAAGUUUUCUUCCAGCAGACAGUCUCUUUGGAUCGAGAGGACGUAUUCCCUAUGAACGCCACCGGCAACGCAGUCACUACCCACGGACCCAAGAUCGUCACCGAGCUCACGGGCAAUCCUGCCUACCUCAGACGCGUCCUCCCUUACCUCCCAUCUUCCCGAGAGGAGGACAUCACCUGCAGCCCCCACGAAGUCCGAACAGGCCUCGAAACCUGUCGAUGGAAGAGCAACCGCCUCGCUCCAUUCCCAGGUGGCAAAGAUCCCUGGAGCACCUGGGACUCGGAUGCCCAACGUACCACCACCGACGUGUCCUUCUUCAAAGCGGACGUCACACGCACCGCUUGGGCCUCCGCGCGCUUCAUCGUCCAGGGCCGCAACACACGCAACUGCCGCCUCUACUUUGACCCGCCCGAAAAAUCCGGUGUUCGAGUUGUGCGGUACGUCGUUCACGGCGGAGCGAAGGGUAUGCAACCUGGGUACCCGGUUGACCUCGUCAACGGGGUGCAGGAGAUCAGGUUGUGGAGUCGGACAUGGGGCAAGGCUUGGGAGGUCGAUGUUGAUUGGGAGACGCCUUUGGGCACUGGGGAGGACGAGGGGCAGCUUGCGGGACGCAUUGCGUGCGAGUGGGUGGAGUACCAGAGUGCGAUGGUUGAUAAUGGCUCGUUUGGUCCGGAUAGGCAGCCCAAGAUUCCGGCACUCGAGGAGGCGCUGACGUUCCUCCCCGAAUGGGUCGCUGUGUCCAAGGCUGCGGAUGGAUUGGUCGAGGCUUCUGCUCCUUUCACCGUUGUUUAA